AAGGCAGGGGUAUAAAAGGAGCCCCCGCGAGAAAGGGAAAGCAGGUGGCGGCGAGUCCGAGGGGCAGAAGAGAGCUCAAGCUUCCUCUCGAUCCACUCCUCUCUCUCUUUUUCCGGCAUGGGCUUCUUCUCCUCCUUGCUGACCAGCGCCUUGGGCAGCUUCGUGCUCCUCCCGCUGCUCCUCUUCCUGCUCUCGGUCAAGCUCUGGGGCUUGUACUGCCUGCGGGGCCGCGACCCGGGCUGCCCCUUGCCCCUGCCCCCCGGCACCAUGGGCCUGCCUUUCUUCGGAGAGACGCUCCAGUUGGUCCUCCAGCGGCGCAAGUUCCUCCAGAUGAAGCGGCGCAAGUACGGCUUCGUGUACAAGACGCACCUCUUCGGCAAGCCCACGGUGCGCGUGAUGGGCGUGGAGAACGUGCGCCACAUCCUGCUGGGCGAGCACCGGCUGGUGGCCGUCCAGUGGCCCGCCUCGGUCCGCACCAUCCUCGGCGCCGGCUGCCUCUCCAACCUCCACGACGCCCAGCACAAGCACCGCAAGAAGGUGAUCAUGCGGGCUUUCUCCCGAGAGGCGUUGGAGCACUACAUCCCACCCAUCCAGGAGGAGGUCAGUGCUUGCCUUCAACAGUGGCUCCUGGCCCCCGAGGGCCCCAACAGCACUGGAGGCUGCCUGCUGGUCUACCCGGAGGUGAAGCGUCUCAUGUUCCGCAUCUCCAUGCGCAUCCUGCUGGGUUUUCGCCCCAGCCAAGCCCACGCCCAGAGCGAGCAGUGCCUGGUGGAGGCCUUCGAGGAGAUGAUCCGCAACCUCUUCUCCCUGCCCCUCGAUAUGCCCUUCUGUGGCCUUUACAAGGGCUUGAGAGCACGGGGCAUAAUCCAUGCCAAAAUCGAGGAGAACAUCAGGGCGAAACUGGCCGGGAAGGAGCCUGCUGAUGGCCACAAGGAUGUGCUGCAGCUGCUGAUGGAGCAUACGCAGGGUGACGGGGAGCAGCUCAGCAUGCAGGAGCUGAAAGAAUCUGCAACAGAGCUGCUUUUUGGUGGGCAUGAGACCACAGCCAGUGCUGCAACAUCCUUGAUUAUCUUUCUGGGCCUUCAUCAUGAAGUGUUACAAAAAGUGAGAAAGGAAUUGCAAGAGAAGGGAUUGCUAAGCAAACAGAGCCAAGAGAAGCCUUUGGAAAUGGAGGUCUUGGAACAACUGAAAUAUACCGGCUGUGUGGUCAAAGAGACUCUGCGUCUGAGCCCACCUGUGCCAGGAGGAUUCAGGGUGGCCCUCAAGACCUUUGAACUAAAUGGAUACCAGAUUCCUAAAGGCUGGAAUGUUAUUUACAGUAUUUCUGACACCCAUGAAGUUGCCGAGCUGUUCACCGACAAAGAUGAAUUCAAUCCCGAUCGCUUCAUGUCUCCUUUCCCGGAGGAUGUCUCACGAUUCAGUUUCAUUCCCUUUGGAGGCGGCUUGAGAAGCUGCGUGGGCAAAGAGUUUGCUAAAAUUCUCCUCAAAAUCUUUACUGUUGAAUUGGCCCGGAAUUGUGACUGGCAACUUCUAAAUGGACCACCAACAAUGAAGACAGGCCCUACCGUGUAUCCUGAGGACAAUCUGCCUACAAAAUUCACAAGUUUUAAUGGUCAGGUCUAACAAAUUCAGUUUAAAUCAUGCACAAUGGCUUUUUAUAGUGCCCUAAAUCCAAUAUUAUAUAUUUAACUUUAUGAAUGUGUGAUAGAUAUUUAUGUGUUUUUCUAAGAAUAUUUUAAAGCUAUUUCAUAUAUAAACUUUGGUGUGUGUGUUUUUUUUAAAGUAAGCACUAUAAUUAUGGGUCCUUGGGAUUCAUAGUUGGAUAAUUUUAUUUCUAUAGAAAUAAAGUGUCCUACCAUUUAAGAAGCA